CAUGUGACGUUCGCGACGAGGAAACGCUGGUGCGUGAGACGGCGGCUCAUUGUGGCGGAACAGACCGCCAGGAGCGGUUCGGCCGGCGGCUCGGGGACCUCGCUCCGCCUCGUUAUGUCACCGUCAGAACCUCUGAUCUGAACAAAAACUGGACAAUUAAAAAUGGACGAACCCGUCGACCUUCAGCCAGCAGCGGAUUCAACAGCUCGUCCACCGCGGAUGACCAGACAGCAGAUCCUCACUCUGAUAUCAGUGGCGUCUGUCAACUUCAGCUCAAUGAUUUGCUAUUCAAUAUUAGGCCCAUUUUUCCCCAACGAGGCACUAAAGAAAGGAGCCAGUCAGACGGUCAUCGGGCUCAUAUUUGGCUGCUAUGCCAUCUGUAAUUUACUUGGUUCAUUAAUAUUCGGCAAAUAUAUUGUUGAAAUUGGUGCUAAAUUCAUGCUCAUCGCGGGACUUCUCGUGUCGGCCGUCUGCACUAUUCUGUUUGGGUUACUGGACCGGGUUCCUUCAGGAGCUGCAUUCAUUACUCUGUGUUUUAUAGUGAGGUCGGUCGACGCCAUGGGCUUUUCCGCUGCAAUGACCUCCUCUUUUGCAAUGACAGCAAAAAUAUUCCCCAACAAUGUGGCCACUGUUCUGGGUAGCUUGGAGAUAUUCACAGGACUUGGUCUUAUUAUGGGGCCGCCAGUGGGCGGGUGGUUCUACCAGUCAUUUGGAUACGAAGUCCCUUUCAUGCUUCUUGGAUGUAUCCUGUUGCUUAUGGUUCCUCUCAACAUAUGCGUCUUGCCAAAAAUUGAGGCAAACCCUUCGAAGGAUUCCUUCUUUCAGCUCCUCUCCCAUGUCAAAAUCGUCCUGGUCUGCUACGUGAUCUUCACCCUCAGCGCAGGUCUGGGCUUCCUGGAUGCUACCUUGUCCCUGUUUGCUAUCGAGAAGUUCAGUCUCUCGCCUGGCCACGUGGGGCUCAUCAUGCUUGGUUUGUCACUACCCUACUGUCUAGUGUCACCGCUGUUGGGUUAUUUCACUGAUAAAUAUCCUGCCACUAGGAGCUGGUUCAUGGUGAUAGGAAGCACUAUCACAGCAGUCGGCUUCUGUCUGCUCGGUCCUGUUCCUUUCCUCCAUAUCCCGAGCCAGCAGUGGUUGCUGAUCGUCAUGCUGGGUUUAAUUGGGUUUUCCCUGGGAAUGACUGUCCUCCCCACGUUCCCUGAGAUCAUCACAUGCGCUUUGGAGAAAGGAUUUGAUGAAGGGCUGAGUACUCUAGGAAUGGUGUCUGGGCUGUUUGGGGCAUUUUGGUGCCUGGGGAUGUUCUAUGGACCAACAGUAGGUGGUCUUCUAACACAACACCUGAGCUUUGAAUGGGCCUCUGCGAUCCAAGGAGCCCUGGCAUUUUUGUCUGCUUUUCUCCUCAUUGUGUAUCAUCUCUGUCAGCGACCACGACGACCAAGCCCUGAAGAAGAAGAUGAGAAUAGACAAACAGAAGAAAGCACUCCUCUCCUGAAUGAAUGAAUAAAACCCUCAGUCAUGUG